AUGUGCCCGCUGCAGACGGGGUCAAAGUCGCCAACCGCUGUGAUAGCACACCAGCCCCAGGGGAGAUUUUGGAUAUUGGCGUGGACGUACGAGACAGUGCGUGGGCCCAGAUUGAAUGUCGUGUUGGCGAAUACGUUAUUGUUGAAGUUGCGACUCACUUUCUCCCUCAUCGACCACUACCACUACCAAAGUCUUCAGGGCAAGAUAUCCAUGUAUGACUACUACACGUCUCUCGAGCGGAUGAUGGACAACACUGGGACACAGAAGAUUCGCGAUCGCUAUAAGGUGUUUAUGCGCGUUGUGGCCCAAUGGCGACAUUUGAAAAUGCUGCAACGAGCUGGACGCGGACACCAUCCAGACGGAGCGUGCGGGACAAAGCCUGGUGAGCUUGUGGUACGCUGUCCUGCCUGCCCGCAUCCCGAUAUCAACCUGCCGCCUGAUUGGGAUCAGGUGUCCGACGAACUCAAGUAUAUGUACAUGUUGACUGUUGCAAUCGACGUUUGCUUUCGUCUCAAACGACGUGCGGUGUCCUCGGAAGAGAAGGAUCCCAUCCUCGGAAGCGGCUGGGCGUAUUUUGUAGAGGAUACCGGGUACAGGGAGAUAUCAUCCUGUACCGGGUUUGCCGCGCUCGACCACGCUAACACAAAGUUCUCGCGUGGUUACACCGCAAUUGGUGUGGGUGCGGUCGUCUGUGCUCGUCAUGAGUUUUGGCUAGCCCUCGGCAUUGGCGAUCUGCAAAAGGGCGAGAGAUACAUCAACAUGGACUACAAUUUUGUGUGCGCUAUGAAGGAGUAUCUCAUCGUCAACAAACUCAUCAGCUACGACAUAGCCUGCCAAUGGUCGAAGUUGCUGCUCAAACACAUUGCCAAGUUCCCCGACCACAUUCAAAUCAAUGUCCCCGAGUGUUCCCUCUCGUACGCCAUCCCGAAGCUCCAUAUACAGAGUCACAUCCGAGAGGGACACUUGCCAUAUUCCCUCAACUACAGGAAGGGCAUAGGGCGAACCGACGGCGAGGGUCCCGAGCGGCACUGGUGGGACAUACAGCCCGCUGCUGCCAGCACGAAGGUCAUGGGACCUGGGCAGCGUCAAGGUGUCCUCGAGGAUUAUUGGGGCUAUGCAAACUGGCGGAAGAAGGUGGAAUUACGUGAGUUUAUUUAUCCUUUCUACUCUAACGCGGCAACAGUGCACUGA